GAAAAAACAGACCAUGUCUUUGAACCAGUUGACGCAGGUCAAAGUCGACCUUUGAAUACAAUGGCGCAACCGAAUUUGUCAUCCAAUUGGAAAAGGCUUCAAGAGAAGCUCCAAAGCAAGAAGCCUGACCGUUCCCCGUCCCAGUCUCAGACACCAAAGCGCAAGGCAGAGGAUGAAGGGCAUGUCGGGCAAGGGAAACCGCCCAUAAAGAAGAACCGCGUGGUUAAAACGAAUGGCCAUGCUUCAGCAUUUACUGUCAGCCAUAAAAUAUCCAAGCAUCGAACAGACAUGACCUCCACUUCAUCAACUGCGAAGGUCGUGCAGAAGGAGAAGGGCAAUAUCACGAGGCAAAACGGCACGUCAAGCCAGUCAGAAACGGGCAAAUCGCAACCAGUAUCCCCUUCUAUACCUCUACCGAACCCGAAAGAACUUGCCCCUGGAAAAUAUGUGUCGCUCGACUGCGAAAUGGUCGGCACCGGUCCACCACCCAAUACGAUCUCCAUUCCCGCGCGGGUGUCCAUCGUCAACUACCACCUUCACGUCCUCCUAGACGUCUACGUUCUCCCGACCGUACCAGUGACCGACUACCGCACACAUGUAUCCGGAAUCCUACCCCACCAUCUCACGCCGGAAUCAGGCGCAUUACCCCUCAAAGACGUGAAGAAGUUGGUGCGGGAUAUAUUACGGGGACGAGUGCUCGUGGGACACGCGAUCCAUAACGAUCUGAUCGUCCUGUCUCUGGACUCCGAAGUUCGCCGCGGACAGCUGGUCAAAGGCGUCCGCGACACGUGUCGAUAUCGACGAUUUCGAGACAUGGCUGGUGGCCGAACCCCGGCGUUGAGAAACCUAGUGAGAGACGUUCUGGGCGUAGAGAUGCGGGGGACGAAGAUACAAGAGGAUCCCAGAGACACCGGCCGCACGGAGAGUGGGAAAGUCCACGACGGCGUCCAUGACAGUGUGGAGGACUCGAGGAUGACGAUGCAGUUGUAUAAGUUAGAGAAGGAGGGGAUGGAUCGGGAGAUGUCGAAGAGGGACUUCGGACUCCAUGCGGAGCUGGAUCUGCCAGUGACCGCCAAUGGCGCAAAAGGUCAUAGGGCGAAGGCGAGCAAUGGGGAUGAGGAUGAUAUGGGCUCGAUUGACGACUCUGAUUUCGAAGUGGACGACACGGACGACAGUGAUGCUGACCAGGAUGGUGGGGUUGCAUUGAAUACCGGCGAGACAACAGUUCGACGUGCGGCUAAGCCUCGAAGAAAGAAGAAGAAGAAGGCUAAGAAGCGCACCAAGCGGGCCUAGUGAUUCAGGUCAUCCAUCGGCAUUCAUCACGCUGCGGAGGAAGGAGUUUUGUACUCUAAACAGUCGAUUAAGCCCAUGAUCAUGAGGAUUGAUACCCCAGCAUUAUCUUCAGCAUAGCGGACCAAAUGAACAAUUCUGAG